CUUUUGGUAUGUUGCUUCAUUCUUUGCUAAAAAGUUCUAACUAAAACAUUCAACAUGAAAAUAGCUAUUGCAGUUCUUUUGAUCGCUUGUGUCUUCUUCGUUAUCGAAUCUGAGGCAAGUCCUGAUUCCAAAUUGGAAGAUUUGGUAUUGAGUGGACCUGGAGCUGCAAUGACAGCUAACCAAGGAGUUCAAAAACGAGAAGCUUGCGAUAGUCAAGGUGAAAGUGAUGAAGAUGACAGAAGAAGGAAAUAAAUUUCUAAAUCUUGCCUGGACCACUCGCCUAAUCGACAUGGACAAAUCAAUCGAAUAUUACUUAUUAUUGCACUAAUAUCUGAAAUCAGAAAAUAAAUAUUUGCAUGAUUUUAAUUGAAACUGAAAAUAAG